GGGUGCGGUGAGUGUUCAACGGAGGUGAGCGUUCCUGCUGUUGUCAGUAUAAGGCACAGGUUCGGAGUCUUGGGGGACAGGUUGAGGGGUCUUUGAGGUCGCCAUCGGAUCUAACAUCAGCCUGGACCGGAGGACGAGGCAAAUUGGUAGAGGCGCGGUGGUAGCGUUGGUGAGGGAUCCGUUGCCAUAGGAACAAACGAAGGCUUUAGGAGGGCGCAUGCGCAGACCGGGGAAAGGUUGUUGAACCGGUGAAAGGUGACGUAAAAGCGCACGGGGUGAGACGCAGGGCUCCGAACGUCAAAGCCCUGCGUCUUACGGCGCUCAGAGCGGUGGAAAGGCGCGCUCGGUGGUGGCGGCGGCAGCGAUAGCAGGCCCAGCUGGACCGACACCAGGCAGUGCGAAGCUGACGUGCAAAGCAGCGCGAGUGAAGCGUGAGGGCGACGCCCGCGCCGGGAAGACCCCACCGCGCGAACCGCGGCCGACCAGAGCCGGGUCCCGGCUUCCGAGGCCCCGCCUCUCGGGCCUUGGGACUAAUCGGAUUGAGAGCGCGCCGGCCCGGACCGCGAACUCGCCAAUUGCGUUAGGCGUCAGCUACCGCCCAAUCCGGAGCAGACAGGUGCGAGGUCCGAAAGGCGGAGACCAAUCAGCAGCGGUUGCGGCCUGUUGGGGUCGGUCUCGGCCAAUGAGGAGGCCCGAGUGACGUCCUGGCGCACCAAUCGGGAGUGAGAGAGCAUUGGUGCUCGCCCGCCCUUCCGGCCUGAGCUCUAUUUACCAGGGGCGUGCGACCGGUUUACCAAUCAGAGCGCGGCUGAGCGGCCAAGCAGCCAACCCCGGAGGAGCGGCCGGCCGGCGUCCGCCGCACCCAAGAGUUGGGGAUGUCCUACAAACCCAUCGCCCCCGCCCCUAGCAGCACCCCCGGCUCCAGCACCCCUGGGCCCGGUACCCCGGUACCUACAGCCGGAAGUGUCCCAUCGCCAUCGGGCUCGGUGCCGGGAGCCGCUGCCCCUUUCAGACCCCUGUUUAACGACUUUGGACCGCCCUCCAUGGGCUAUGUGCAGGCAAUGAAGCCACCCGGAGCCCAGGGUUCUCAGAGCACCUACACGGACCUGCUAUCGGUCAUAGAGGAGAUGGGCAAAGAGAUCCGGCCUACCUAUGCUGGCAGCAAGAGCGCCAUGGAGCGCCUGAAGAGAGGCAUCAUCCAUGCCCGGGCCCUAGUCAGAGAAUGCCUGGCAGAGACAGAGCGGAACGCCCGCACGUAACAGGACGCAACUCCGCCACCGAGUCUGGACCUUUCCUGGCCACUGCAGAGCACCUGCUUCUCCCUGGCCUUCACCCCGAGUUGCACUUCCCAACCUGGGCUUCCUGUCCUGUGUCCCUUGGUGGGUGCCCUCCAGGAACCAGGGGGGCUCUCACUUCAGUCGACAGCACUGACUGGGACUCUUUCGAGAGUUAGUAGCGAGGUCGCUGUGAGUCCCACCCAUGACCUGCCAACAAUGUUGAUCCAACUGGAGCUUGCUCCUUUCUGUGGCCCCCACCACUCAGCACUUACCCAGGACUUUUCACCACUUUUCCCAGACUCCUCCCCUAGCAGGGCCUCCGAAGGCCUGUCACCUCCCUGCCUUGUCUCCUGGGCCAUAGCGACUCUUUUUUCAGUGUCUUUUGCUAAAUAUGCCCUUUUUGUAUAAAUAAAAGAUAAUUUGGAGUUGUU